CGCCGUGCUUAGGAAAUGCUAAGCUGUUCAGUGCGAUAAAGUUAGCGGCUAGUGCAUGAUGUUUCCGUAAUGAAUAAUUCCGAUUUAGGCCGAAAAAAUCGAACGAUUCUAAAUUAAUUGACGUAUCGGAUGCUGCAGACAAGAUAGAGGAUCCAGAAAUCCAGAGCCUUCGCUGCUAAAUAAUCUCCGGGGAAAUAAAUCGAGCAUGGAAAGUUCUGCUCCUAGUCACGGCGUGUGUCCGGUGUGCGGCAAAAAGGCCACCCUGAAGUGCGGCAGCUGCAGACGCGAGUUUUACUGCGACAAGUCGCAUCAGUCUCAGGACUGGCCGCGUCAUAGGUCCGGGUGCAUCGCCUGGAAAAUCGGUCGCGAUCCGGAACUCGGGCGACACUUGCUGGCGACCCGGGACCUGGCGCCGGGGGACGCGAUCCUGUCGGAGGCGCCUUUGGUCUGGGGACCGUCGACGCACGGCGUCGCGCAGUGGAUCUGCGUCGGCUGCGGGUCGAGAUGCGAUGACGUGGAUGCGAGAUGCCGCGGGUGCCUCUGGCCCGCUUGCAGACCCGAUUGCGAGGGACUGUCCGAUAAAAAGAGGCACCGGUCCGAGUGCGCUCUUCUUGCGCGCGCUAGAAUCAUUCCCAGAUGCGAAGUUCUGCUGGUGAUUCGUAUGCUGAUACUGUGGCGGACAAGAUCGAAACGCUGGACGUCCUUGGCCGAGCUGCAGAGUCACGAGAGUUCGCGGGGACCCGGCACGGAGGCUCACGCCGAGGUGACGAGGAUAAGUCAGCAUUUGGGGCCGCUCUUGACGAUGGCCUCUGACUGUUGGGACAUUUUGCCCAAGAUCUGCGGACUGAUCGACGUGAACGCGUUGGAGACCAUGCCGCCCGAAGGCUCGGUAGCGAUUUACGAGAACGCGUCUCUUCUGGAGCACUCUUGCGUGGCGAAUACUCGACACAGCUUCCGCAUCGACGACAAAGGCAGGCCACGUAUCGCGAUUUACGCCGUCACGUUCGUUAAGAAAGGGGAACACCUGAGUACCAUGUACACCCACGCGCUUUGGUCCACCAGGAUCAGACGGGAGCAUCUUCUCGCUACCAAGUAUUUUGCUUGUCGAUGCAAACGUUGCGCCGAUCCCGCGGAAUUGGGCACGCAUUUAGGGACUCUGAAGUGCCCUUGCAAGAAAGGACUCAUGUUACCGAACGAUUCUCUGGACUCGGACACCGACUGGUCCUGCAACGUGUGUCCGGGAACAGUGACGUCCUCGGAAGUUGCGCAAUUAACGGAUAGAUUGGAGGAGGAAGUCACGGGGGUCAUGAAACAGGCGACCGAACACACUUUAUCUGAGCUUUUGUCACGGUUGACGGUGCUGUUACAUCCCGGUCAUCAGCAUUGCAUAUCAGUGAGUCAUUCACUGAUACAAUUGUUACCACCGAGCAGUCCACAAAAGUCCGAGUUAUGUAAGCUCAUCCUAGAUACGGUAACCCAAUUGGAUCCUUAUGGUGCACGUUUGGCACUUUAUACGGCGGUUACUUUGCGAGAGCUCGCGUCGUGCCCUGGUGAGAACAAGCGAGCUCAUCUUUCCAGAGCAGCCUCGCUGCUGAAGACAGAGCCGCCGAAUUCACCCGGUCAAAAACUUCUCAGACUGAUCGAAAUGGAACUUUGAUCUCGAUUCGUCAUAAUGAUGAUAGAAGAACGAAGAUACACAGGUAGCCAUAAAAGUGGUAAAAAUAUUCAAUUUAACUUACUUAUUUAUAAAGGAUAAAAAGUGUAUGUAUAAAAAGGCUUAUAAUUACGUAAAGAAUGUACAUACACGUGUUACGCAAAUAUCAAAAUAUACGUUGAUGAUGACGAUGAUAA